GCUUCGAGUCGGAGUUCGACUGAGCACUUGAAGCAGUCAUCGCGCGACACGCAAGGGAAUAGCUUCAACAUGACGGUCUCUCACAGACAAAUAAGCCUGACAGGCUUGCCGCUUUUGGCAGAAUGACAGUCGGGUUCAAGCGGCACUCUCACAACGGAGUAUGUGGCGCGAGCGUACUGAAAUGGCCUCACAUCCACACGUUGAGUCGCGCUGCAAGGAUACACAAUACCCCCUCUGAUUCGCGAGUGCAAGCAGCUAAGUACUUAUUCCUCGAGGUGAUCGUGAGUAUCCUAUGGGACCUCGGGGUCUGAUCGUCGCGACCAACCUUGUCAUGAUCAUGAAGGACUACUACUACAGCCAGUUCUGGAUUGUUGUUGAGCACAAGCCAUUCAUCAAAGGGCUUCGUUAUUGUCGUCGCCGGGUAUCGCGAUAGAGUGACGGGACUCGCCAGGUAUUCGUUUUUGAAGACUCGUCAAAGCAGUGCAGUAACUCGAAUUACCAGCACGUUGCAAAUAGAUGCAACUUCAAAACAAACCAAAGAGUGAGAAUUUAAUUGUAAGUCCAACCCAUGCUUCCCAGAUCCAUGUUAAUGGUAACGCCGAUUUUUGUGCGUCUUGAGGUCCCAGGCGCGUAUUCAGCAUUGGUGCUCCAUAGAAUCAGCUUUUCUGCUGAUCACAAAGUUAAGCAGAUAGAUCUUCUCGUCACCUCCCAUUUUUUUUACUGACAUCAGUUUGAUGUUAAUUCAUUUGGCAGUGAUGCAGAGAAUAUUGAACCGGGAAGUUGGGUCCAACAAUAUUUCUCCCGUUUUGGCUUUGUGGAAUGAAUGCAUUUGCUUAAAGUUUGGUAAGUUUAGACAACCCACAUUGUCUCUAUUGACGAGCCCAUUGAAUUCAGCAUCCCCUCCAUUGUAUUCCAUACGCGAGGGAACAAGUAGAAGCAAGGAUGACACUAAUCGAGCAACACGAGACCAUUUUACCACUAAACGACGAUCUCCGAGAAACUGCACACAACUUCGAGAUGUUAUUUUGGUUCCGGCAGCGUAAUCUCCUCCCAACAAGGAGAGUUGCGACCGAUGUCUGAUCAAGACCGCAAGCUCUGGUUGGAUAAAGCAACUCCAACAGCGCAAAAGCUGUCGUAUGCAGGCACGCAUCACCACUACGAAGAACGGAACCCGUCGAUAUUUUCAAAGAUAUUCCAUUCUCCGAAGGUGGCCCCAAGUCCGCAUCUAGAUCUGGUUCCAGCCCUCGUCUCAACACAGGCUACCCCACAACGUGUAGUGCCAUGGCGAAAUCAGAGAAACGACAAGGAACGGCGGAAAUCUACUGAGACUGUUCAAAUACCGGCAGGCCUCACUGUCCGACAAACGUUCGGUGCUCUUGGAAUUCCGCUGUUAGUCGUCGUAGUCGUAUGCAUCUUGUGGACAUCUUUGCUCAUCUUUAUCACUGUGGCACCGAAUGAAGCUGCCAACUUAAUCAUGAACACCGGCGACUAUGAUAAUGGAAGUUUCUGGCUUAUUGUGGAGCAUCCUCCUACUUUAAAGUGGAUCAGCGUUGCGGGGCUUGUUCUGGUAAAUGCGUGUUACAUCAUCGUGCUCGUCAGAAUACUGCGAUAUCAUCACACGGCUGUGGGAAUAUGUCAACCAAGUUGGAAUUCGGCUGUCGCAGCCGCAUGGGACUCCUUAUCAUCAUGCUGGCUACUGCGGUGCACUCCUGCUGUAAAAAGCAAAUUGCAAAAUAUUUAUCGUAUCUACACCGAACUGACAGGAUUCAAUGCAAUCAACCGUAAAUUAUUCAAUAUAUUUCAGAAGGCUUGUGACUUGGUCGUGCAAGGUCUCGCACUACGCCGUUUACUCAACCAAGGACUCCCCAUUGUGUUCGGGUACGGGUAUGCUUCGUUUAUCGCAUUGAAUGGGUUAUCUGUGGCAGUGAACAUUAUGCUGGAUAAACAUACCGCUUUUACUGAAGUUCUCAUAGAUUCCGUGUUCGACCUCACAGCAGCCGUUGUGUACCCCAUUGCAGUCCUGGGUUACUGCUACCACAACUUCAGCUUUGACCGCGAUGUGUAUUUGGUUAAUGCAGAAAUUCUCCCCGAUGGUAACUUCGAGCGGUAUGCACGAAUGCAGGCAGAUCCAGCUGAAGUCGCUCUGUUCCUCGUCAACUUCAAUUCGCUACGGAUUAGUGGAGUGCUGGACUUCAUACUGAGCGUCGGACUGAAUCUCUCGUUUUGCUACCGUUUAGUUCGAGUGAUAGCAGUGAUUAUCUCGCAAAGGUGCCAACUUCGAAGCACCCGACCCGUGUCUCCCCAAAAACUUACAGAAGUUACCAAGCGACAAAAAUCAGUGCCGCGUUUGGUUGCAUUAGCUUUCAUCGCUGCCAGCAUCUGCGCAAUUGUCUUGACUCACACAGCAAUUACGAGCUCCCGCGCUGCCUGCGAAACUUAUCCAGAAUGUGUGGCGUAUGCCCACAUUUGGGACACAGGGAACCAAUGCCCUUGCAUCGUAAUAAUCGACGGCGAUCGCGCCCCACGAACCGCUCAGGAAUGGAACUUCCCUGAGGACAUGACGGACACAGUUCGUGUACUAGCAGAAGCAGGUCGUUUACACACAUUGCAACUGAUCAACCGCCAGUUGCGACGCUGGCCGGACGAGUUGCGUCGCUGCAAGGACAUGAAAACGAUCUCCCUGAUCUACACCAGUAUCGAGGAAAUUCCAAGUUGGGCUAAAGAAUUCAAGCAGCUUCAGCAUCUGCACCUAGAAGGCAAAUUCGGCAGUCGGAAUCUCGUAACUCUCCCCUCAGACAUUUUCAGCGAUCUACCAGAGUUCACCUUCCUGCAUCUCGGCAACCACCACAGCCUCGUCGCACUCCCAGCUUUUGACGGCACUCCAAAUUUACGCAGCAUGGUAUUGGCAGUGCUGUUGUCCCUCACUGAACUCCCGUCUUUCGACAACCUCCCCAACUUGGAAACCAUGGCUCUCGCACAUAUCCAACAAGUACCAGCCGUGCCCGACAUGUCUCCACUCAUCAGUCUAUCUCGCCUAGCAAUUUUCCGUCCAAAUCACAUGUGCUGCAAUGGAUUCAUGGGAAUUUGUGACCUCACCGACACGUUUUGCGUGCCGGAUCUGGCGUACAAUGUCCCUGGCGCCUCUUGUCUCGACUCGGACGACCACCGACACGCUACAACUGCAACUAAAGCGCUACUUGCAAGAUUCUCCGUUGCAGUCUGCCAAAAAUCGAUAAUUCCAUUCUCUCUCGAACGCUUAUCCGAUUUUCCAGCCCCCGACCGGAUCGCUGCGUGCGACGGAGUCAUGUACCGUCAGUGCGAUAUACCGGGAGUAACCUCCGUCAAUGGGACUGUCGGGAUGUGCUACAGCAGUCGCAUGCAAGUUGUGGCUUGCAACGUCGAUCAGCUUUUCAUCAAAGUCCGGCAAGUGGAGAUCGAACGGGGCGUCGGUCCUCCUUGUGAUCCCGAGGUGGAGGCUUGGCUCGGCUGUAAAAAGGCAACUUAUAGUUGA